GAGGAGGAACCCGCCGCACCGACAGGGCGGUCGAGUGAGGGAGCUGCUGGCGGGUGGGUCAGGCAAUUCCUUGGGAGGCCGACGCGGGCGCACGGGCGGGUGCUGGGAACCGAGCCUAGGCUUGCGGCCGGCAGUUUCCGUGGAUCUGUGAAGAAGUCGGCGGCCCCUGCGGGCGCCAGUCAGGACACAGCUGGAAGGCUCCAUCUGUGAAUCAGAAAGUGGGCUCGCACCUGACUGAAUCUGCUGGCGUCUUCUUGGACUUCUCAGCCUCUGGAAAUUCUUUAAGAAAAAGUAGAGAUCACUUCUGACUGUACUGAACAGCAAAAAUUAAGUGACUUGCUACACUGUAAAUCAUGGCACUGCCAUUCCGUAAGGACUUAGAAAAGUACAAAGACCUUGAUGAAGAUGAGCUCCUUGGGAAUCUGUCAGAAACAGAACUGAAACAACUGGAAACUGUUUUGGAUGAUCUUGACCCAGAGAAUGCCCUUCUGCCUGCAGGGUUCCGGCAGAAGAACCAGACAUCAAAGUCCGCCACAGGGCCAUUUGAUAGAGAGCAUCUCCUUUCAUAUCUGGAGAAGGAAGCAUUGGAGCAUAAAGACAGGGAAGACUAUGUGCCCUACACUGGAGAAAAAAAAGGGAAAAUAUUUAUCCCCAAACAAAAACCUGUACAGACUUUUACAGAAGAAAAAGUGUCUCUUGAUCCAGAAUUAGAAGAAGCUUUGACAAGUGCUUCUGAUACAGAAUUGUGUGACCUCGCAGCAAUUCUUGGGAUGCACAAUUUGAUAACGAAUACACAGUUCUGUAAUAUGAUGGGAAGUAGUAAUGGUGUUGACCAAGAACAUUUUUCAGAUGUGGUCAAAGGUGAAAAGAUUCUUCCAGUAUUUGAUGAGCCACCAAAUCCAACCAACGUAGAAGAGAGUUUGAAGAGAAUUAAAGAAAAUGAUGCUUAUCUUGUUGAAGUUAAUUUGAAUAAUAUAAAGAAUAUCCCAAUUCCAACCCUAAAAGAUUUUGCAAAGGCUUUGGAAACCAACACACAUGUGAAAUAUUUCAGUCUUGCAGCCACCCGGAGCAAUGACCCUGUUGCUACUGCUUUUGCAGAAAUGCUGAAAGUGAACAAAACUUUGAAGAGCUUAAAUGUGGAGUCCAACUUCAUCACAGGAGUUGGGAUUCUGGCACUGAUUGAUGCGUUAAGAGAUAAUGAAACCCUGGCAGAGCUCAAGAUUGACAAUCAGAGGCAGCAGUUGGGGACAGCUGUAGAAUUGGAAAUGGCCAAGAUGCUUGAGGAAAAUACAAAUAUCCUUAAAUUUGGAUAUCAGUUUACACAGCAGGGACCACGAACCAGGGCAGCUAAUGCUAUAACAAAAAACAAUGACUUAGUGCGCAAGAGACGAGUUGAAGGAGAUCACCAGUAAGUCUGCCAAGGUGUAAUCUUUGGAAGACUUCAGAAGAUCACCAAAGGUUCAUGUUGGUGACACCAGAUGUAAAAUUUUCCUGGGUAGAAGGGAAAAGACUGGAAAAAUUUUUUUAGUGAUAUGCAUUUUUUUUUUUUUUAUAGUUUAAGUUGUUAUCAGUUUCAAAUUGUAAAAUCAGUAAUGUGAUAUUUUAUAUUCUGAAACAUUUCUACUUUCUGCUGAAAUCAAUUUUAAUUUAGUUUAAUCAAAUGAUUUAUGAUGACUCUUGAGCAAAAAAAUACAAUUGUAAAAAAUUUCACAGGUCAUUUGUGUAGAAUAAUUUGAACAUUGUGAGGACCAAUCUUUUUUAAAUCAAAAGGGAUAUUGCUGGUAUCAGAAUUGUUAUUGCUUCAUUUAGACAUAAAACACUUCAGUAUUUUCUUCACUCCAUGACCUGGAGACUUUUCUAAAUUUUUAAAAAAUUUUUAAAAUACAUGAACUUUGCAAGGGUGUGAUUUUUCUCUAUGAAGAGAACAAAAUGCCAGAAUUUUAAAACAGUUGACUCAAAAUCUGGUCAUCUGUGUUGGAGCUAAAGCAGGUCUCCAGGGAGAGAGGCGGUCAUCUGUGCAUUCCAGGUUACUGCACUUGUCUGAUGAGACACAGCAACACCCAGGUUUUCCUAAAACAAAGUCAUCAGCUUUGCUAGGUUACAUACUUUGUUUAAAAGUAUAGUGAGGUCUAAGUUCAUUCCAGUGUUUCAUUUUAAUAAAGUGAGCAUUAUUAAAUUUUUGUGAAAGCUAAUAGUAAAAAAUAAAAGCUGUUUUCACCGCCCCCCCCCCAAAAAAAAGGUAUACAGCCAACUCUUAAUUAUUUAGGGUAAGAGAAAAAAGAAAACUGUUAAACAAUGAAAUCAAAGAGAAUAAAUAUGAUAGAGUUCCAGUAUGAGGCACUUGCAAAACAGUUGUUUAAACUGAUGGUUACUGUAAGUCAGCUGGAAGCUAGCAUGUAUGUAAAUUACUUGGUGUUACACAGUAUCAAGAAGUUCCUAUUUGCAGUGCAGAAUUGCAUACAGUAUUUAAUCACUGCUACAGAUCUUCCAGCCAAGAAGGAAAACUGCUAUUCUUCAUAAAUCUAAUUUUUAGUAUAUGCUUCCUUUCAUCUUAUACUUUUGUCCAUAUUUAUAAAAGUCAUUUCUAUAAUAAAAGCAGUCUUUCUUGCUCAAAGUAUUAAAGUGAACAAUUGAACUAGAGUACUGUGAUUGGGAGACUGAUUUGAGACUGCAGAGCUGAUGCUGGUGGGAAGAGGAUCUGGACUUGUGUUCAUGUUCUGUCUCAGGGCAGCCCCUGGAGCAGGAGAUGGCAGAGGCAUUUACAGCUGCAGAAAACAGGGAGGAAUGGAAUCUGAGGUAACCCUGGCCUCAAAAUUCAGGCCUGGCUGUAUCAUUUACAGAGAUGUUUCUGAAGGGAAAAAAUCUCAUUUCUGAGGGAGGCAAGGUAGCUAAUCAUUAUUAAUUUUUUUUUAACUUUUUGGGCUGGGCACAGUGGCUCAUGCCUGGAAUCCCAGCACUUUGGGAAGCCAAAGUGGGUGGAUCACUUAAGGUCAAGAGUUCGAGACCAGCCUGGCCAACAUGGUGAAACCCUGUCCUACUAAAAAUCAAAAAAUUAGCUGGGUGUGGUGGUGCACACCUGUAAUCCCAGCUACUCGGGAGGCUGAGGCAGGAGAAUCACUUGAACCUGGGAGAUAGAGGUUGGAGUGAGCCGAGAUCGUACCACUGCACUGCUGUCUGGGCGACAGAACAAGACUCUGUCUCAAAAAAAAAAAACCCAAAAACAAAAAUACUUUUUGAAAUUGAAUUGCAAUACGUCUGCUACUUUGGCUUGGGCUGGACAGUUUAUCUAACAAGCAAGGCAGCUUCUUGUGUGCUCUGCUAAUAAGCCUUCUUAAUAGACUAAGCUUCCCUCAUAAGAACUGUGGUAUGUGUCUUCGGUUUCUUUUUUUGGUUUUGUCUUGUUUUGUUUUGUUAUAUCAGUAUCCAGUGUUUUAUAGGGGCCAAAGAUUAACUUGCACUAUUCCCUGUCAGUUAAAGGCCACUGAUAUUUUUCUAAGUUAGCAAGGCUCACCUGCUUGCUUUGUUGCCUCCCUUCCUCCAUCCCUCUCCCUUCCAACUUUCUCUGUUUCCCUAUUUCUCUCCCUCCCUCUCUUCUUCACCCCUCUUCCCCUCCCCACGCCCAUAUGCAGCUUUUUGAUUGUAUUUGGUUUUGUAGAGACUGCACAGUUCCAGCAAGAUUGAGAGUCAGGCAUGGAGCAGGCAUCUCAGGCUACCAGAAAGAAUUGGUCACCUAGACUUUCAGUCAGGCAUCCUCGUUUGCAUUGUUCUGUAAGUCAAUCAGUUGAUAACUAGUACCCCCUUCAUCCCUUAAGUUUUUUGUUUUUUUUUUUUAAUAUAGGUAAGUGGGACUCUACCUAUAAUUUUGCCUCAUACCUAUGGGUAAUAUCUUUUUCCUUUAUUGUUUAUCGAAGCAUGAAGUUGAGUAUUUUGCUUGUACCAUUUCAAUUCUGCAUUAUAAUAGUUCAUUGUAUAACUGAAAGAAAGGAUUUCUUCAUAAGUAACAUUAAAUAUGAACAUUCAUCCAAUUGAAUAUAGAAAAUCUUUCCAAAAGUAUAAGGGAGAAAAAUCGUGUUUACUUCAAUCUUUAAAAAUCUGGCACCUCUUAGUAACUUUCAGUAUUUCUAAAUUGCUCUAAAAUUUUGUAAUAAAUAGAUUAGGGUUUUGCAGUAAUCUUAAUUUUUAAGCCAAAGGUUUUCUGAGACCUUAGGUUUUGUAGUCUAACCAGCUUAUCUGGUUCUGUAAAAGAAUAUUCUUUGUGUUUUUAAAUUGCUAUUUUUAAAAAAGCUUUUUAUUACCCAUUUUAUAAAAUGUUAUACUCAUAUUUGUCUGAAUUUUCCCAAUAUUCCUACAUGAAAUUGUAUGUAUUAAAAACUCAAUAUUAGUGGCAAAUAUUAAUACUAUUAAAAUGGAUUUUGGUGCUAUAUUCUUAUAGCUAAAGCCUAGUAGAAGUCUCAAGAAUAGGUGAAAUACACUUUCAAAGGUUGCUUGUCAUUAAAAGACCAAAUAAGCAUUUUUGUAUUAAAUAAAUUAGCAGAUGGUUAGAGACUUCGAGGAGCGUUAGUUUGGUCAUUUAAUUGCGACUUCAUGUUAUUUGAAUGAAAUAACCCACAUCCUUGCUUUGUAUAAGAGAUGCACUCUGGAGAAGUUACAUGUAAAUAGACCUUUAUAAAUUGUUUUCCAGUUGA